AUGAUGAAUGGAUGGCUGGGCCAUAAGCCUUUAAAAUUCCUGCCAGAUGAGGCCCGGAGCCUGCCCCUGCCCAAGCUGAAUGACCUGUGGCUUGUCUACAUCGGCCUCCUGGACAACCUGAUACGGAAGAGACCUGUGAUGAAAGCAGGCUUGCAUCGCCAGCUUUUAUAUGUUGCUUCCUUUUUCUUUGCUGGAUAUUUUUAUUUAAAACAUCAAGACUAUUUGUAUGCUGUGAAGGACCAUGAUAUGUUUGGGUAUAUAAAACUACAUCCAGAAGAUUUUCCUGAAAAAGAGAAGAAAAGUUAUGCUGAAAUUCUUGAGGCAUUCCAUCCAGUGCGUUGAAGUCUUCAAAAGGCUCCUUCCUCCUCACGACAACCUGACUAUUUUCUGAAUUUUAUGGGAUAUCUUUCUGUGACAGUGAAGUUUAGGUUAAUAUGUUAACACUGUAAUUAAAAUAGUUAUUAUGA